AGCUUUCAUCGUAGGAUAGGCCACGGAGAGAGGAGGGAGAUAAACUGCUGGGAAGCUGCAAGAUGGCGGCCGCUAGCUGAGGGUUCCGCCGACACACUGCCGCUACAGGACAUCGCCUUGUUUAUUUAUUCUUAUUGUGGAGACGGUUAAGGUGGAAUAAAAACAGAGGACUGAGACCGGGGAGAUAGUCAUUAAACCGGCAUUCGUGUUAUUUUUUUUUAUUUAAAAAAAAAAAAGCAGCGUGCUUGGCUCCGCCUAGAGGGGCGCACAGCAGACAUUUUUCUUUUUUGUUUUUUUCUUUUUUCCCUAUUAUUGUGCUACGAACCCCGGAUAGAAAUCACUACUGCCGCCGAGUGGGUGUGUGGAGCGCGGAUUGUUCGCCAUGACGUCCAUACACUUCGUGGUGCACCCGCUGCCUGGCACCGAGGACCAGCUUAAUGACCGACUAAGAGAAGUUUCUGAAAAGUUGAAUAAAUACAAUCUAAGCAGCCACCCCCCUUUGAAUGUCUUGGAGCAAACGACUAUAAAGCAGUGCGUGGUUGGACCUAAUCAUGCUGCUUUCCUACUGGAGGAUGGCAGAAUCUGCAGAAUUGGGUUUUCCGUUCAGCCAGACAGAUUGGAAUUGAGUAAACCAGAGAACAAUGAUGGUUCAAAGUUGAGCAGUGGCUCAGGGGCCGGAAGAACAUCCAGGCCGGGCAGGACUAGCGACUCUCCCUGGUUUUUGUCUGGUUCUGAAACUCUGGGCAGACUUGCAGGCAACACCCUUGGAAGUCGUUGGAGUUCGGGUGUGGGUGGAAGUGGAGGUGGCUCUUCUGGUCGCUCCUCAGCUGGUGCGAGAGACUCUCGAAGGCAGACACGAGUUAUACGCACAGGAAGGGACAGGGGCUCUGGACUACUAGGCAGUCAGCCGCAACCUGUUAUUCCAGCGUCUGUAAUUCCGGAGGAACUUAUAUCACAGGCCCAGGUUGUCCUUCAAGGAAAGUCUCGAAGUGUCAUCAUAAGAGAGUUGCAGAGGACAAACCUUGAUGUGAACCUUGCGGUAAAUAAUCUGUUGAGUCGGGAUGAUGAAGAUGGUGAUGAUGGCGAUGAUACAGCCAGUGAAUCUUACUUACCUGGUGAGGAUCUUAUGUCACUGCUGGAUGCUGACAUUCAUUCUGCUCACCCAAGUGUCAUAAUUGAUGCUGAUGCUAUGUUUUCAGAAGAUAUUAGCUACUUUGGUUAUCCAUCCUUUCGUCGCUCUUCACUUUCCAGGAUAGGCUCAUCUAGAGUUCUCCUUCUUCCCUUAGAGAGAGACUCUGAGCUGUUGCGUGAACGUGAGUCAGUCUUGCGUUUGCGUGAGCGAAGAUGGCUUGAUGGUGCCUCGUUCGAUAAUGAAAGAGGCUCCACAAGUAAAGACGGCGAGCCUGUGUUGGAUAAGAAGAAUACACCCAUCCAAAGUCCUGUGUCGCUGGGGGAAGACUUGCAGUGGUGGCCAGAAAAGGAUGGAACAAAAUUUAUUUCUAUCGGAGCACUUUAUUCUGAGCUGAUUGCCGUCAGCAGUAAAGGAGAGCUGUAUCAGUGGAAGUGGAUAGAGUCGGAACCAUACAGAAACCCACAGAAUCCAUCAUUACAUCAUCCGAGAAUAACAUUCUUAGGCUUGGCAAAUGAGAAAAUAGUCCUCCUUUCAGCAAAUAGUAUAAGAGCUACAGUAGCCACUGAAAGCAACAAGGUUGCCACUUGGGUUGAUGAGACCUUAAGCUCUGUUGCAUCUAAACUAGAGCACACUGCCCAGGUCUUCCCGGAAUUACAAGGUGAUAAGAUUGUGUCGCUACAUUGCUGCGCUCUCUACACCUGCGCGCAGCUAGAAAAUAACCUGUACUGGUGGGGUGUUGUUCCAUUCAGUCAGAGGAAAAAAAUGCUUGAAAAAGCACGUGCAAAGAAUAAAAAACCCAAGUCUAGUGGUGGGAUUUCUUCCAUUCCAAAUAUCACUGUUGGUACCCAGGUAUGCUUAAGAAACAACCCUCUCUACCACGCUGGAGCCGUAGCCUUCUCAAUCAGUGCUGGGAUUCCUAAGGUGGGAGUUUUAAUGGAGUCCGUGUGGAACAUGAACGACAGCUGCAGAUUCCAGCUGCGCUCACCAGAGAGUCUGAAGAACAUGGAGAAAUCUAGCAAAACCACAGAGGCCAAGCCUGAAAGUAAACAGGAGCCAGUCAAAACCGAAAUGGGUCCACCACCUUCUCCAGCGUCCACUUGCAGUGAUGCCUCUUCCAUAGCAAGUAGCGCCUCAAUGCCAUACAAGCGACGGAGAUCCACUCCAGCUCCCAAAGAAGAAGAGAAGGUGAACGAAGAACAGUGGUCACUUCGAGAGGUUGUUUUUGUGGAAGAUGUUAAAAAUGUUCCUGUGGGCAAGGUGCUUAAAGUUGAUGGGGCUUAUGUUGCUGUGAAGUUCCCUGGUACUUCCAAUAAUUCAAGUAGCCAAUGUAAUCCUGGAUGUGAUCCAGACCCCUCAUCUCUUCUUCAGGACUGUCGCUUACUGAGAAUUGAUGAGCUUCAGGUAGUGAAAACAGGUGGAACACCUAAAGUUCCGGACUGUUUCCAACGGACUCCUAAAAAGUUGUGCAUUCCUGAAAAGACUGAAAUCCUGGCUGUGAACGUAGAUUCUAAAGGUGUCCAUGCGGUUUUGAAGACUGGGACCUGGGUCCGGUAUUGUAUUUUUGAUCUUGCUACUGGAAAAGCUGAACAGGAAAACAACUUUCCCACCAGCAGCAUUGCUUUCCUUGGACAGAAUGAGAGAAAUGUUGCCAUUUUUACUGCUGGACAGGAGUCACCAAUCAUCCUGAGAGAUGGAAAUGGUACCAUUUAUCCAAUGGCUAAAGACUGUAUGGGUGGCAUAAGAGAUCCUGAUUGGCUCGAUCUUCCACCAAUCAGCAGCCUUGGUAUGGGAGUUCACUCGUUAACUAAUCUGCCAGCUAAUUCAACCAUCAAGAAGAAAGCUGCCAUAAUAAUCAUGGCUGUUGAGAAACAGACCCUGAUGCAGCAUAUCCUGCGAUGUGACUAUGAGGCGUGCCGGCAGUACCUGAUAAACUUAGAGCAAGGUGUUGUUUUGGAUCAGAACACUCAGAUGCUCCAAACCUUUCUCAGCCACCGGUGUGAUGGGAAUCGUAACAUUCUCCAUGCAUGCGUCUCCGUCUGCUUUCCAACAAGCAACAAGGAAACGAAAGAAGAGGAAGGUAAGGAAGCAGAGCGCUCGGAAAGGAAUACGUUUGCAGAAAGGCUCUCUGCGGUGGAAGCCAUUGCCAAUGCUAUUUCUGUGGUAUCCAGUAACGGGCCUGGAAAUCGUGCCGGGUCAUCCAGUAGCAGAAGCCUGAGGCUGAGGGAGAUGAUGAGACGAUCCCUUCGGGCAGCUGGCCUAGGAAGACAUGAAGCUGGAGCCGCUAGUGAUCACCAAGACCCUGUAUCUCCUCCAAUAGCUCCACCUAGCUGGGUUCCUGAUCCACCAGCUAUGGACCCAGAUGGGGACAUAGAUUUUAUCCUUGCCCCUGCUGUAGGAUCCCUUACCACAGCAUCUACAGGCACUGGCCAAGGCCCUAGUACUUCAACCAUACCAGGUCCAUCUACCGAGCCCUCCGUUGUGGAAUCCAAAGAUCGUAAAGCCAAUGCUCACUUUAUUCUGAAGUUGCUGUGUGAUAGCUUAGUCCUGCAGCCCUACCUAAGAGAUCUUCUCUCUGCCAAGGAUGCUAGAGGCAUGACUCCAUUCAUGUCAGCUGUUAGCGGCAGAGCCUACCCAGCUGCCAUAACCAUACUGGAGACUGCUCAGAAAAUUGCAAAGGCUGGAGCCAACGCCAGCGAGAAGGAGGAAGACGUAUUCAAGGGAAUGAUUUGUCCUCCAGGAACCAAUGCAGAUGACUCUCCGCUCUACGUCCUUUGCUGCAACGAUACAUGCAGCUUCACCUGGACAGGAGCUGAGCAUAUCAAUCAGGACAUAUUUGAGUGUCGGACAUGUGGCUUAUUGGAGUCUCUCUGCUGCUGCACAGAGUGUGCAAGAGUUUGCCACAAGGGACACGACUGCAAGUUAAAGCGGACAUCGCCUACAGCUUAUUGCGACUGCUGGGAGAAAUGUAAAUGCAAAACCUUAAUUGCAGGUCAAAAGUCUGCUCGUCUUGACCUGUUGUACAGACUGCUAACCAUUACCAACUUGGUGACGAUGCCAAAUAGCAGAGGGGAGCACCUUCUUCUCUUCUUGGUCCAGACUGUGGCCAGACAGACCGUAGAACAUUGCCAGUACCGACCACCUCGCAUCAGAGAAGAUCGAAACCGCAAAGCCGCGAAUCCUGAAGAUUCAGAUAUGCCAGACCAUGACUUGGAGCCGCCAAGGUUUGCCCAGCUCGCUCUUGAACGUGUCUUGCAAGACUGGAAUGCCCUGAAAUCUAUGAUCAUGUUUGGCUCCCAAGAAAAUAAAGACCCUCUUAGUGCAAGCAGUAGAAUAGGUCAUCUCCUUCCAGAAGAACAAAUCUACUUGAACCAACAGAGCGGUACCAUUCGUCUAGAUUGUUUCACCCACUGCCUUAUCGUUAAAUGCACUGCAGACAUUUUGUUAUUGGAUACGUUGCUGGGAACCCUUGUGAAGGAAUUGCAGAACAAAUACACCCCUGGUCGCAGAGAAGAAGCAGUCGCUGUCACAAUGCGCUUUCUUCGCUCAGUGGCUCGGGUCUUUGUCAUUCUCAGUGUUGAGAUGGCUUCCUCCAAGAAGAAAAACAAUUUUAUUCCACAGCCAAUUGGCAAGUGCAAGCGAGUGUUCCAGGCCUUGCUCCCUUAUGCCGUGGAGGAGUUGUGCAAUGUUGCUGAAUCGCUAAUUGUCCCAGUGAGAAUGGGCAUUGCUCGUCCAACGGCACCGUUUACGUUGGCGAGUACAAGUAUAGAUGCGAUGCAGGGCAGCGAAGAACUAUUCUCUGUGGAACCUCUCCCACCAAGGCCCUCAUCCGAUCAGUCGAGCAGCUCGAAUCCAUCCCAGUCAUCCUAUAUCAUUAGAAACCCCCAGCAAAGAAGAAUAAGUCAGUCCCAGCCUGUGAGAGGCAGAGAUGAAGAGCAGGAUGACAUUGUGUCAGCAGAUGUGGAAGAGGUGGAAGUAGUGGAGGGGGUUGCUGGAGAGGAAGACCACCAUGAUGAACAGGAGGAACAUGGGGAGGAAAAUGCUGAGGCCGAAGGGCAACAUGAUGAGCAUGACGAGGAUGGAAGCGACAUGGAGCUAGAUCUUCUGGCUGCGGCUGAGACAGAAAGUGACAGCGAGAGUAAUCACAGCAAUCAGGACAACGCUAGUGGUAGGAGAAGUGUUGUUACAGCAGCAACGGCCGGUUCAGAAGCAGGUGCAAGCAGCGUCCCAGCCUUCUUUUCAGAGGAUGAUUCUCAGUCUAAUGACUCCAGUGACUCAGACAGCAGUAGCAGUCAAAGUGAUGACCUUGACCAGGAAACCUUCAUGAUCGACGAGCCCCUGGAGAGAUCAACAAAUAGCUCCCAUGCUAAUGGCGCUGCCCAGGCUCCCCGCUCCAUGCAAUGGGCAGUGAGGAACACGCAGAGUCAGAGAGCACCCAACGCUGCCCCAUCGAGCACUUCCACUCCCGCAGGCAAUUCUGGUGCUCUGAUUUACAUCGAGCCAUCCAGCCUACGUCGUAGCGGUAACAUGAGCUCCAGUGCAGCAGCUGCCCUCGAAGCAAGCAAUUCUAGCAGUUACCUUACUUCUGCCAGCAGCCUCGCACGUGCAUACAGCAUAGUCAUUAGGCAAAUAUCGGACUUGAUGGGCCUGAUCCCAAAGUACAACCACUUGGUUUAUUCUCAGAUCCCAGCCGCUGUGAAGCUGACUUAUCAAGAUGCCGUUAACUUGCAGAACUAUGUUGAAGAAAAACUUAUACCAACUUGGAACUGGAUGGUUAGCAUUAUGGACUCCACCGAGGCCCAGCUUCGUUACGGAUCUGCACUAUCAUCCGCUGGCGAUCCAGGUCACCCAAACCAUCCUCUGCAUGCUUCCCAGAAUUCCACUCGGAGAGAGAGGAUGACUGCACGUGAGGAGGCCAGUUUGAGGACCCUCGAGGGAAGGAGAAGAGCCACUCUGCUUAGUGCUCGUCAAGGAAUGUCUGCUCGUGGAGACUUUCUAAACUAUGCGCUUUCUCUCAUGCGUUCUCACAACGAUGAGCAUUCUGAUGUACUCCCGGUUUUGGACGUCUGCUCCCUGAAACACGUGGCAUAUGUCUUCCAGGCUCUUAUUUACUGGAUUAAGGCAAUGAACCAGCAAACCACGCUAGACACUCCGCAGCUGGAAAGAAAGAGGACCCGAGAAUUACUGGAACUUGGCCUCGAUAAUGAAGAUUCUGAGCAUGAAAACGACGAUGACACAAAUCAGAGCUCAACUUUGAAUGACAAGGAAGAAGAUGCUUUACCAGCCGAGACUGGUCAGCAUCACCCGUUUUUCCGCCGGUCAGACUCUAUGACGUUUCUGGGUUGCAUUCCACCAAACCCCUUUGAAGUUCCUCUGGCAGAAGCCAUCCCGCUAGCUGACCAGCCACAUCUUCUCCAGCCCAAUGCUCGAAAGGAAGACUUGUUUGGUCGUCCAAGUCAAGGCCUCUAUUCUUCUUCAGCUAACAGCGGGAAAAGCCUAAUGGAAGUAACCGUGGACAGAAACUGCCUUGAGGUCCUCCCAACCAAAAUGUCUUAUGCAGCCAACUUGAAAAAUGUGAUGAGCAUGCAAAGCCGGCAGAAAGAAACAGAAGAUCAAAAUGUGCCGCCUGAAGAACCAGAUGGCUCUAAGCCAGGACCUUCAGCGCAUGAUCUCGCGGCUCAGUUGAAGAGCAGUUUAUUGGCAGAAAUCGGUCUGACGGAGAGCGAAGGGCCACCUCUCACAUCAUUCAGGCCCCAGUGCAGUUUCAUGGGCAUGGUGAUUUCUCACGAUAUGCUCUUAGGACGUUGGCGUUUGUCCCUCGAGCUUUUUGGAAGAGUAUUUAUGGAGGAUGUUGGCGCGGAGCCGGGAUCAAUUUUGACAGAGUUGGGUGGUUUUGAAGUAAAAGAAUCAAAGUUCCGCAGAGAAAUGGAGAAGCUUCGAAAUCAGCAAUCAAGAGACUUGACUCUGGAGGUUGAUAGAGACAGAGACCUCCUUAUUCAGCAAACAAUGAGGCAACUAAAUAAUCACUUUGGCCGCAGAUGUGCCACAACGCCAAUGGCCGUCCAUAGAGUAAAGGUCACCUUCAAGGAUGAGCCGGGAGAAGGCAGUGGAGUGGCCCGAAGUUUUUACACUGCAGUCGCGCAAGCAUUCUUAUCGAAUGAGAAGUUGCCAAGUCUUGACUGUAUCCAAAAUGCAAACAAAGGAACACAUACAAGCUUAAUGCAAAGAUUAAGAAACCGAGGCGAGAGAGACCGUGAAAGGGAGAGAGACAUGCGAAGAAGUAGCGGUCUGCGUGCGGGUUCUCGCCGUGAUAGAGACAGAGACUUCAGGAGGCAGCUUUCUAUUGACACUCGUCCGUUCCGGCCGGCCUCAGAAGGAAACCCCAGUGAUGAUCCGGAUCCGCUUCCAGCACAUAGACAGGCUCUCGGGGAGCGGCUGUACCCUCGCGUGCAAGCAAUGCAGCCCGCAUUUGCAAGUAAAAUCACCGGCAUGCUGCUGGAACUGUCUCCUGCGCAACUUCUACUGCUGCUCGCCAGCGAAGAUUCUCUGAGGGCCAGGGUGGACGAGGCCAUGGAGCUGAUCAUUGCACAUGGCAGGGAAAAUGGAGCAGACAGCAUCCUUGAUCUUGGUUUAUUAGACUCAACUGAGAAGGUGCAGGAGAACCGCAAACGCCACGGCUCCAGUCGCAGUGUCGUCGACAUGGAGCUAACGGACACCGAUGAUGGCGACGACAAUGCCUCACUCUUCUACCAGCCUGGCAAAAGAGGUUUCUACACUCCCAGACCUGGGAAAAAUACCGAGGCUCGGUUAAACUGCUUUCGAAAUAUUGGCAGGAUCCUUGGUUUAUGUUUGCUACAGAAUGAAUUAUGUCCCAUCACACUGAACAGACAAGUGAUCAAAGUGCUUCUCGGUAGAAAAGUAAACUGGCAUGACUUUGCCUUUUUUGAUCAUGUUAUGUAUGAGAGUUUGCGACAGCUGAUCCUGGCUUCCCAGGGCCCUGACGCAGAUGCCGUGUUCGCAUCUAUGGACCUUGCGUUUGCAAUAGACCUGUGUAAAGAGGAGAGCGGCGGACAGGUGGAGCUGGUUCCCAAUGGUGUGAAUAUCCCUGUUACACCACAGAAUGUGUAUGAAUACGUGCGCAAAUACGCAGAACACAGAAUGCUGGUUGUUGCAGAGCAGCCUCUACACGCCAUGAGGAAAGGUCUGCUGGACGUGCUUCCAAAGAGUGCAUUAGAAGAUUUAACCGCAGAGGACUUCAGACUAUUGGUCAAUGGUUGUGGCGAAGUUAAUGUCCAAAUGCUGAUCAGUUUUACAUCCUUCAACGAUGAGUCAGGAGAGAACGCAGAGAAACUUCUGCAGUUUAAGCGCUGGUUCUGGUCAAUUGUUGAGAAGAUGAGUAUGACAGAGAGGCAGGAUCUGGUGUAUUUUUGGACAUCAAGCCCAUCGUUGCCUGCAAGCGAAGAGGGAUUUCAACCCAUGCCAUCCAUCACCAUCCGACCACCAGACGACCAACACCUUCCAACCGCAAACACUUGCAUCUCCCGUCUAUACGUUCCCCUUUACUCCUCCAAACAGAUCCUAAAACAGAAAUUGUUACUUGCUAUUAAGACCAAGAAUUUUGGUUUUGUGUAGAGUAAAUAAGAUGCGCUGCUGUGUAAUAUUCCUAGCGGUUUUUUUUUUCUCGUAGGUUUUUUUUUUCUCCCCGUUUGUCUAUAAUGGUUUAUCCGGCUCAGUGCUGUCGCGUCCCCUGGUGGUACAUCAAGGACUGACUCCUUCUUGGUGUUCAGAGCUGCAGGCGUUUCUGGCACCAGAGGGGUUGAGAGACAUUCCUCUGGUACACCUGCAAAAAAAAAAAAUUAACUCAUUGUAAACUAAUAAUCAUAUAGCACCUUUUUGACACUUUACAGUUUGGCUAGGUAACUCUUACUAGGCCCAGCCCGGGAUGGACAAGACAGCAGGAUGUUCUAAAAUACACUGUGAUUCUUGGUUUUUACCCCUAAGGAGAGGAAAGAAUAACAUUUUGAGAAUUCACUGCUGCUGCCUUUCUGGAACGUGGUUCAUCGCAGGUCGUUGUAUUGAGGGAGUAAGAAAUUUCAAAAUAAAAAAACGGGAAAACAAGUAUUUUGUCUUUUUUUUUUUUCUUUUUUUUUGUGGGAAGAGCUGGCCAUUUUUUCCCCAUGUUUCAUUCUAGUUUGGCUACCAUGUGUAUAUUAUGUAUAUUAAAAUGUAAGUGAUCAUGAAGUAAUUUUGAGCCUAUGUUGCACUAUUCAGUUUUGAAGUGUCCCGUUCGAGUCAAUCUGUCCGCAGGAAUAUCCCUAAACUGGAAGUAUGGUGAAGGUGGCAAGGGGGGGAAUAGGCUAUAAAAUUUGCAUGUUAAGCUACAUGUAUGUAACUUUCUGUUAAAUGCAUUCAAAAUCACUUUACUAUGUUAACUUUUUUUUCAUUCACUUGUUUGUCAAUGAACCAUCAAAAUUACACCUCUCAACUACUGUUUUUACUUUAAAUGGAUGCUUUUAGUAAAAAAAAAAAAAAAAAGUUGAAAAGUAAAA